UCCGUCCAGCCGCGGCAGCCGUCAGCUGGGCGGUUGAGGUUAUAGAUAGUUCUAUGUUGUUGUUUAUGGAAAUCAUUGAUAACUUUAUAUGUACACACAUUAGAUAUCUGAGACAUUUAUAUUUUGCUUAAUUUUUUUACCAUUUUGACGUAAUCUUGUCUAUUCAGUGAUAAAGUGAACUGCACUGCCUGCCUUGCUUUUUAACCUCGUCUUUUUGGAGUCUGAUGAAUAAAGGUUAUUAUAUAGAGAUUCAAGUAUAAUAAUAAUUUAUGCAUAGAAAUUAAAUCCAGCAAUUUAAUCGGAUACCACAAUUCAAUGUUUUGUUCUGUUUGUGCAAAUAAACAUCUGGCACAGUGUUCGGAAAAUAAGGUUAUGUCUGAUCAUUUUCAAAACAUGUGGAAGAGGCAAAUGCAAGAAUAAGAAAUAUAUAUUUUGCAUCUUGAGAUCAUAUGUUCGAACAAAUAUACACGUUCCCAUCUUUACAGAAAAUACAAUUUUCAAAAAGUAAUUUAAUCUCUAAGAUAAUACAUGAAUGUCAACAUGGACGAGAUCGAUUAUAAAUUGAGAUCACAAAAUCCUACUUUGAUAUCACAUGCAAUAUCCAAGCUGAUUGAGGCAAUAAAAAUGAAGUUGGAAACAGAAGAAAAGGAUAUUUCAAAAAUAUCAGAAUUUAAAUUACUCUCAACUAAAUGCAACAGUGAUGAUUCUAUAGUUAGCACGUCUGCAUUCCAAGCGUUGGCUGUGCUCGGCGAAACUGGCUUGUGGGACGUCAAGUCUGCAUUAGCAACAUUCAUGGCAUGCCUAUCUUCUUCAAAGAAUUACGAGAUAGUCACUGUGGUAGUAAGUCGACUUUUGAUAUUAGAUUGGAAAUCGCAUGAUAAAUCCAAUGAAUACACUCUCGAGACUCCUACUCAGCAUCCAUUUAUCGCGAUCCUGGCUCAGGAAAAGCUCAGCUGGAGAUGCGUGCUGAAUCAAAUGAAGUUCAUCAUGCAUCAUCACGACAAACACGUCAUGGAGCAGAGCGCAGAGCUGUUACGGCCUGUAUUCGUGCACAUAUUGUGCAAUCCUUCCAUGGAUUUGUGCGAGAGCUGUAAACAAGAGGCAUGGCAACUUGUGAUCAAAUCAAGCAACACUACAGAUUUGCGAACGGAAAUUUUACUCUGGCUAUGCACCAAUCGAGCAGACAUUUGCGUCGACGCGAAUUGCCGAGUUCUCGAGCUUGCGGAUAUGGCGCUGCUGAAAAGAGACAGAGAAUUUUGUACGGCGUUAAUGCCUCUAAUCGCCUCUCUGACGAUACAGCUUUUGGAAUGCGGUCACGAGCCAGUACAAAAUUUUUGCACGAUAUUGGAUCUCUUUGAAUGCUGCUACAAUUACAUAGGAGAUAUUAUGAUAGUUUUGAUGGCAGAAAUAAUUUUGAUAUGUCCUGCAGUUUAUUUACUUAACGCCCUGGAAAUAUGUACAGUUGUCGUAGAUAAAAUGCCAUGCCACCUUACAUUAUUAAAUACGUUAGCCGCAUCCCUGUUGAAGUGGUUGGCUUAUCCGUCGUUGUUGUGCUCUGACGCGUUAGUGACAGCAAAAGAGUUGUUAAUCAAGAUAAUGUCGCGAAAGGAAACGGACACUGGUGACGGUACUCUUUCGAACAAGACGCUGCUCAUAUUCAGCUACAGCAACAGAUACAUCCAGUUUUACAUGGAGCUCAUCCGCAGUCUGUACUCUCUGAAGGACGACACGCUGUCGUGGCUGGAGAGCCUGUCGCUCGCACCGAUCGAUCUGAGAUACAUGUGCAAGCUGGUCCUGUGCGGGAUCUUCCUGCGUAGCGACGAAUCCCCCGUCGUGCAGAAAGUCUGCCAUAUUCUCGUGCAAACAGCGCGGGAGAUCAACUCCUUCGCGUCGCACAUGCUCUCCCUGUUGCUGCACAAGUUAACCAAGACCCACGACAGCUCCACGUUGAAAUACCUGUUGCUGACCGUCCCGGAGUUCGCCAUGACCAAGGACAAUCUGCCGAUCGUCAUCCGCACGCUGGAAACGCUGCUGAACAGCGGCAGGCCGCUGAAAUACCUGGCGAUCCAGCUCUACAUAAAGGCGCUGGAGAAGGAGCCGCGCUGCUACCGCUUCGUAUCCACCGCCCUGAUGGACACCAUGGAGAAGGAUCGCAGCUGGCGCUCGGACGUGACGUGUGCUCGGGCGAUAAGGUACAUUUGCGAGAAUCGGCCCGAGCACGGUGAGGAACUGGUGCCGUUGCUGUCGCAAAUCCUGAAUCGGUGCGUCGACCAGAGCGGCGGAGCGGCCAGCGCGCUCGCGCUCGACAGCAUCUCGGCCCUGUGCAAGUCCACGGUGAUAGGCAUUUAUUCAACAUGGCAAGUGUUGGCGCCAAAGAUGCGCAAGGAGAAGCGCACGGUGGUCCUGGAGAGCCUGUGUGAUCUCUUCGCCAACAUUCCAUCGUACCUGUUUCGCACGAGCGAGGACUACGACAGAUUCAUGAACGAUGUCGUGACGCAUCUGUGGGGCUACACGGUGUGCGACGACACGAGGGUCGCGAAAGCGGCGUUCAAGGCGCUGAGGUCUUACCCUGUGGAACUAAUUCCUCUGACUGCUCUGCCACGAGAGUUCCGAUCGGACGUCGUGGUGCAGCACGCGUCCGGAAAGACGGGCAAUGAAGGUAACAAGCUCGACAGUUCGCUGCAGCACAUACCGGGCACUUGUUGGAUCCAGAUGCUGAGGAACGUGAACAGGAGCGUCCUGCCGGCGGCUGGGGAUCUUCUGAUCUCCUACAUCAGGGACGAAUUGAACGCCUUCAGGUCGCGGAUAUACAGUUGGCCGCAAGGAGAGCCGCAGAACUUUAAGUAUCUGCCGGAGAGAAGCGUGAUAAGGGCCGUCGGCGAGUACUUAAGACGAGGCGACAAGACGGACCCGAGCAAUCGGAUAGUCACGGUGGAGUGCCUGCGUAUAUUCGCUCAUAAGCACAAGAAGCCACUGCCGAACGUGAAGUGGGACUUCUUGAAGGACACCAUGAAGAUAUCGAGGGAGGCUAAGGAAUACGGUGUAUCCAUCGCGAGUCGUCAAUGUGAGAUCUCGCAGUCGGCGAAAUCACUGACGGAACGUUUCCUAUCCAUGUACACGUCCACGUCGGAAGUCGGUCGACUGUUGCUGGACGAGAAGCACCUGGUGCUCUACUCGAAUCUGGAGGAACUGUGCCAGGCCGUUCAGCCGAAUAACUUGAAGAAAUUUCUCGAAAUUACUCUCAAUUACGCCGUCGACAGAAUCCUGCUGAACAACGAAAAGUCCGCUUAUCUGUUCAAUCAUAUUAUGUCCUCUUACGUCGGCGCUUUAAAAAACAACUCGAUACAAAUGGGGAAUCGCACGUUGCUGGCCACCAUGCUGGACGAGGUGUCGGGAAAGGUCGACUUGACGUCCAAACAUUUCGAGAAAUACUUUGAGGCUGUGGUGGAAUUGUUGCCCAAGGACGUCGAGAGAAUGACGUCGCCCGACACUUGGUGGGUGGUAACGCCGGAGAAACUGAAAACCGCCAUCAUUGUCAGAGUCCAGUCAGCCUUCACGGGAUACAUCGGCACGCCGUUCACUUGGCUGCAUGAACUUAUCAACGCGACCGAGUUUGAUCUUGAGAUGCAAAAGUAUUUGUUGGAAAGUGUACAAAAAAUGCAGGCUGACUUGAGAUUGGAAAAAUCCUGCAAUCUCGAAAUACAAAAAGACUGGAUUUUAGAUUUUAUGAGGCACAUCGACGGGCUUAUGGUGGAACCGGACAAGAAAAACAACGUAACUUUUUACUGUGAUAUUUUAUUCAUCCUGAUCAUCUGUUUGUCCGGCAUGGAGUGCCUCCUGCCGAAAAAAGAGUUGCUAAUCACUUCGCAAGACAUUAGGAUAAGAUUGUUUCCACAGGCGAUCGCGAUGCUUAUCGAUCGACAGAUUUGGAAAUCUAUAACGCGCCAGAUUAUGAAUUGGCUGAAUCACAUGAGGAGUAGUUCUGUACCUGAUGUAUAUAUACUUGCGUUUCAAAGCGCAUUAAUCUUAUUAAGGCAUGAAGAAGACUACAACUCAGAAUGGAAAAAUUAUCUGUCAGUAAAAACUCGUAUUUAACUAAAAAGAAAUAUAUAUACAUAUAUAUAUGUAUAUAUAUAUAUAUAUAUGUUUACAUAAGAAAUAUUUUUGUAUAAAAAAAGGGAAGUUUUCUCGCGUUGAACUGAUUCACUUACUUGUAUUACUCAGCCUUGAAUUUCAUUAACGAUAUUAAAAUCUUACAAUUGUAA